GCGAAUGUAAGAAGGCGGCCAAAAUCUUAAAUAGCUUUAUUGAUCCGAUCGCAGCAAAGGGCCCUGAUAAGGUCAUUCCACCAAAUAUUUUACAAAAAGCAAAAGGUUUUGCAAUUUUUACCGUUAUCAAGGCUGGCUUUGUUUUUUCAGGAAGAGCCGGUUCGGGAUUGGUCAUUGCAAGACUUGAAGAUGGAUCAUGGUCCGCUCCAUCGGCAAUUGGUACUGGUGGUAUGGGUUUUGGUGGACAAAUUGGUGCCGAGAUCACAGACUUUGUUAUUGUAUUGAACAGUAGAGCUGCUGUUAAAUCUUUUAUGCAUGUUGCUGCUGGUCCAAUUGGACGCAAUGCAGAGGGUGCCGGUUCUGUUUCUCUUGGGCAUGUUGCUGCUGUGUUUUCUUAUAGUAAGACAAAAGGUCUAUUUGCAGGGGUUUCUAUUGAAGGUUCUAUCAUAAUUGAACGAAAAGAUGCAAAUGCAAAAUUAUAUAAUCGCAAAGUAACUGCUAAGGAACUUCUUUCCGGGCAAGUACCACAGCCGCCUCAAGCGGAUGUUUUAUAUAGGGCUCUAAAUUCGAAAGCCGCACGCUCUUCUACUUAUGAAACUACAAGUAUUGGGUCUGAAGAUUCUAGGUCAAUAGAACGUGAAGAUGUUAGGUCAACAAGAUCUUCUAGAACCUCUCAUUCUAUUUCGAGGAAUAAUCGUUUUAGUCAACCACCUCCUCCAUACUCUAGUAACAAACCAAAAUCAGAUGAUGAAAGAGAUGAAAGCCCUCGCAGUACAAAUCCUUUUGAUGCUGACAAUUCAAAUUCUGCAAGAUCUCCCACACCAAAACCCAAAAUUCCCCCUCGUAAUCCGAAACCACAAACAGCUAUUGCAUUAUAUGAUUUUGUUGGAGAACAAGAUGGCGAUCUUAGUUUUAAAAAAGGAGAUACUAUCAUUAUUAUAAAGAAAACAGAAUCCAACAAUGAAUGGUGGACAGGAAAAUGUAAAGGAGGAGUAGAAGGAAUUGUAAGUUUAAAAAAUUCUUUUAAUUAA